AUGCUGGGUCCGCGCUUCAUCCGCCCGGCAACCACCUCGCUGGUGCGGCCCUUCAGCUCCUCCGUCGCGGCCUGCCGCGCCCCUUCCAUCAGAGACCUCACGGCCGAUUCGGCAGAGUUCCAUCGUCGACAGAAAGAGUUUCGCGAGAACCUCGAGGAGGCCCGCAAGAGAAAAGAACUGCAAGAGAGUCAGUCCGUCGCUGCUUCUACUUCUGCCCCCUCAUCCUCCACCUCUUCUAUUUCCCGUGAGUCCGCUCCCACUGCUCCGCAUGUGAGCAAUGCGAGCACUUAUGACCGAGUUCGUCCUGCUUUUGAUGCAGCUGAGACUCUUGACCAUUCGGCAUUGGGCUCACUCGCCACGCACCGUUAUCUAGGAGAAGAACAAGCCACGGAGUCUGGGUCCAAGCGUGGCCCUUUAUCCUCGCUGAUUUACGGCACCAAGGAAGGUCAACAUUUCGAUAAGGACAUUGAACGGUCUUUCUCCCAGGUGCUCGCUCGCGGCAAGUACGUCCACUCGAUCGUGUUCCAUGAAGUCAAGCCCGACAAGGUCGACGAGUAUGUGGAGCUGGUGGGCCAGUGGUACCCCCGCAUGGCGGGCACCGAGGAAAACCGGGUCAACCUAGUGGGCAGUUGGCGCACGCAAGUGGGUGACAACGACACCUUUGUUCACAUCUGGGAAUACCAGAAAUACGAAGGAUAUCAUGCCUCCCUGCACAACAUUGCCAGCCACCCCGAGUUCCCGGCGUUCGAUCGUAAGCUCAAGAGCUUGAUCAAGAGCAAGAAGACGUCUCUGAUGCAAGAGUUCUCGUUCUGGCCUACGACUCCACCUCGAAAGCUGGGUGGCUUGUUUGAGCUCCGAUCGUACACUCUGCACCCAGGCAACCUACUGGAAUGGGAGACGCACUGGCGUCGCGGUCUGCACGCCCGUCGCGAGGUGAUGGAAGGAGUGGGCGCGUGGUUUGUCCAGAUUGGUGACUUGAACACUGUCCACCACCUGUGGCAGUUUGCAAACCUAGAGGAGCGCAAGAUCCGCCGGGAGCAGUCAUGGGGUGUGGAAGGAUGGGCUGAGACGGUGCACAAGACGGUUCCUCUAAUCCAAAGCAUGCAGAGUCGAAUCCUUGUGCCGAUGCCCUGGAGCCCCGUGGGUUAA